GUGCUGGGAGCAGCAUGGGAAGCCACCAGUGCCUUUGAUGAAUCUCUGGGGUAAAAGUGUGGGGCACAUUGCAGUGACAUCUGAGGAGUGGAGCUGGCUGGCUGAUAGGGAGUUUGAGGUCAAUCAGCUUGCUGGCUGGCAGCGUUUGUUUGGACCUAAGGCAGAAGCACUUGUGUGGGAUAACGAUGUGUCGGCUCAUGCCCAGAGUGUUGCCAAAGCCAAAUAUGAAUUUUUAUUUGGCUUGGAAGAAGAGAAGCCUUCAGAAAGGGGUAGUGGCCAUGGAGGCAGAACAUCCUUCCCUCACACCAUCAUCAAUGAAUUUCCAGAGUACGGCACUGUAGAGCCAAGUGAAGACACACUGAGGACUUCAUUGCCACACCCGGCAGAGCCUGUGGCACACAGUCCAGAACAUCACCAGUGGGUACUUGGCAGGCCCAUUCCUCAGCAUGUGGUUUCUGCGGACAGUUUGAGACCUGAUGCUGGGUCAAGGCAGCUAUGCGCCGCAGAAGAAGGUUUGCCACCUGCAGGUAAACUGCCAGAGGUCACGAAAGUCUCUCAACGGCUGGAAGCAACAAAGGUGCAAGAGAGAGCAAGUAAUUCUCUUGAUUCAGAAACACAAAUGGAAAAAAAGAGUAUUACUGGCAGCCAAAAUGUACGGAUAGCCAGAAAGCCAGUUACAACAGGCCAAGAAAAACCCUCAGACAUGCCUCUUCCAUCUGAACGAACAGCUGAGGAAAAAAUGCAUUCGAUUGUAGAGAAAGAUCUGGCUGCAAUGUGGACUGGGGAGAAGCAGCCUGAGUCCUUGCAAGCCAUCAGUAAUAAAGCUGAGGAGGUCCAUGCAGCACAGGAGACAAGCUGUCAUAGACCAUCUGUGACAAACCUGGAAGCAGCCAGCAGAGUGGAGGGGUGGGCGCGUUUUGAGGAGUUUUCAGUGCACAGUCAAGGCAAAAUGCAAGUGGGUCCUGAGAGGAGGCUCUCUAAAGAGGCAGCUGUGAGCAAACAUGUAGAAUUUCAAGGGGUGGAGAUAUUAUGGCUGCAAAAAGCUGAGGAGCAGAGAAGAAAGAAGCACUCGCUGCUGGAGACGGUAUCUGUGGAGAGGAAGGCAUUCCCCAAAACAUCCAGCCACCCUGUGCCACCAGUAUCCUUCCCAGGUUUGGUCUCCUCACCAGACAGUGCUCAGUGUGAAGUCUGUGAGGACCCAAGACUGGGACCAGCUGCCUCUGGAGAUGCUUCUCUGGCACUGCUUGAUGCAAGUGGGGAGGAUGAAGUUUUUGUGAAAGACAAGAAGAACCAUGGCGAGGAGCAGACAGCUGUCCUAGCAGGAGGCCGGGGCAGGAUGGUGGAGGAGGGGGAAGCAGCCAGCGGAGGAUAUGAAGAUGUCCUUGGGCAGAGGCAUUCUGACAUCUCCACUGAUCUGUACAGCUCACAGUUUGAAAACAUUCUAGACAAUGCAUCUUUGUACUACAGUGCGGAGUCGCUGGAGACAUUGUACUCAGAGCCUGAUAGCUACUUCAGCUUUGAGAUGCCACUUACUCCCAUGAUCCAGCAGCGCAUGAAGGAGGGCGGACAGUUUUUAGAUCGAACGUCAGUCUCAGGGCAGUCAGAUGUCCUGCAGCUUCCCCCUGAUGGAGGGGUGAAGGGCUGUGGAGAAGGCAUCGCCAAUGGCUUAAAGGAUGCAAGCGAAGCCAUCCUCAGAGGAGAUGUCAUGGAAGUUCCUUGUUUGGAAAGCAAUGCUGAACUGCAGAAUAUGGUGUUAGACUCCAGUGCUGCCAUGGGGAGCAAUGAACUUCAGGAGAAAGAUGUCAUGGGAGUCCUUAGCCAUGAUCUCAGCAAUGGCAGCAGCAGCAAUUUGGAAGCAGCCAGGCGCCUGGCUAAGCGCCUCUACCAUCUGGACAGAUUCAAACGCUCUGAUGUGGCAAAGCAUUUGGGUAAAAACAAUGACUUCAGCAAGCUUGUAGCUGAAGAAUACCUGAAGUUUUUUGACUUCACGGGCAUGACGCUGGACUGCUCACUCAGGAGUUUCUUUAAAGCCUUUUCACUUAUUGGAGAAACUCAGGAAAGAGAGAGAGUUUUAAUCCACUUCUCUAGCAGAUACUACCAGUGCAACCCAAACACCAUUUCUUCUCAAGAUGGAGUUCACUGUCUCACGUGUGCCAUGAUGCUGCUGAACACAGACCUGCAUGGCCAUAACAUUGGGAAAAAGAUGACCUGCCAGGAGUUCAUUGCUAACCUCCAGGGGAUGAAUGAUGGCAAAGACUUCCCAAAAGGGUUGUUGAAGGCCCUCUACAAUUCAAUCAAGAACGAGAAGCUGGAAUGGGCAGUAGAUGAAGAAGAGAAAAAAAAGUCUCACUCAGAUGGUACAGACGAAAAGGAUAAUGGGAACCAGACGAAGGCUGUCAGUCGAAUUGGCAACUCAAAUAACCCAUUCCUGGACAUCCCUCAUGAUCCCAAUGCUGCUGUGUAUAAAACUGGAUUUCUGGCUCGGAAAAUCCACGCAGAUAUGGAUGGAAAGAAAACUCCCCGGGGAAAGCGAGGUUGGAAAACCUUUUAUGCUGUGCUGAAGGGAACGGUCCUGUACUUGCAGAAGGAUGAAUACAAGCCAGAAAAGGCUUUGUCGGAGGAAGAUCUGAAGAAUGCAGUUAGUGUGCAUCAUGCGCUGGCAUCCAAGGCGACAGACUAUGAGAAGAAACCCAAUGUCCUCAAGCUUAAAACAGCAGAUUGGAGGGUCCUGCUUUUCCAAGCCCAGAGCCAAGAAGAAAUGCAGAGUUGGAUUAACAAGAUUAACUGUGUGGCUGCUGUGUUCUCCGCGCCACCUUUUCCAGCAGCAAUUGGAUCUCAGAAGAAGUUUAGUCGCCCACUUCUGCCAGCCACCACAACAAAGCUAUCUCAGGAUGAACAACUGAAGUCCCAUGAAGCUAAGCUGAAGCAGAUCUCCACCGAGCUUGCUGAGCAUCGCUCCUAUCCUCCUGACAAGAAGGUCAAGGGCAAGGAAGUAGAUGAUUACAAACUGAAGGACCACUAUCUGGAGUUUGAGAAAAAUCGCUAUGAGAUAUAUGUUGGCCUCCUGAAAGAAGGAGUGAAGGAGCUGCUGAGUGGAGUAGAGAAUGAUGCGCCAGGACUGAAGAAAUCCCACUCAAGUCCUUCAUUGAAUCAGGAGUCUCCAGUUAGCGCCAAGGUGAAACGCAACGUCUCGGAGAGGAAGGACUACAGGCCAGAAACACCCAGCAUUAAGCAGAAGGUCACUUAGGGUGGAAAUGACACCUAGGGGAACAGCCAUGCAGCAAAGUACCGGUGAUCAAAUUUUUUUUCAUUUAAUAACCUGUCAUUCACAGAAAAAUAAGUGCAUCUGCCUGAAUGGAGUGUUAGUGACAUUUUCUAUUGUAUAUUUUGCUGUUUCUGUGCAAAUUGUGGGAGAUGUCUUUGCUCCUGCUUUGCUUUGCUUUGUUAAUUUAUCAUUAAGCAACUGAAGCAUCGGGACUUUUGUGUUGUUCUGUUUCUAAAGGAGCUGGGGGAGGGGUAGAGCGCUGUGACGUGUAUUCUGUCUCUUCCCCGUUUAUCUCCUCACAUCGGCACGUGGCUUUCAUCUCUCAAGUCACUUGUCACUUUAUUUACAUGGUGGGUGGGAAAAGUAACUGGACAAAGGCUGCAGUGCUGUGUACAGGAGCUGUAGCUAUCAGCGGAGCUGUGCAAACGGGCGGCUCCAGAAGGCUAGCUAGAGCCUAGGGUACUAGGAACGCUGGUUUCCUGUCAGUGCAGAGCAUGUUGGUACUAGUACUUAGCAGCAGGUGCUACAGUAAAUAGUCACUGUUGCUUAUCUUUACUGCAUUGACCCCGGACCAAUGAACGUGAAAGAAUGAAACUUAGAAACCUCUGGCAACGCUGGGAUGAGAGCAUUGGCAUAAUUUGUUUGCUUCCUUCCGAGCAAAGCAUCUUCUGAGUUAGCAGGCCGGGGGGGGGGGGGGGUGGGUAUCCAAAUCCAUGCUGCCUCUGCAGUCUGGGAGAGAAGAGGUUACCCAGUCAGAAGCAUUACCUGGGCUUUGCAUUUAUUUGCGGAGGAGGCUGCUGUAGCUGUCAGCCGUUCACAGUGUAUUUAAAGACAAAGGGCCUCUGCGUAGUUUUUAACUAUACGCUUUCACUUAGCUGCUAUAUAGAGCCUUAUGAUGCUCCCCUUUCCAAGACUUUCCUUGUUGGUGUGCACAGAUAGGUGUUUGCAAUUUCUCUGCUAGUGACAAAGCACUUUGCCCUUUCAGAAAGGGAUUCUCCAUUUUUCUACUUUUGCUCACGUAGAGGUGGAAGAGGCUGGUGCAGAUCAGAGAAGGGGACAGACGUGUCCUCUGCAGGCCAGGGUUUGAUGCCUUGCUGACUACUCCAUGCCUGAAGGUCAGCAUAAGGCAACAUCAGUUUUUUGCAGAUCUACCCUCCACCCACAGGAAACUAUCCUGCCUUACAGCUCCUGUGUACCCUCUACCAAGCUUUAAGAGGGGAGCACUGGACAGAGAGGGAGAGAGAGAGCACUAUGGGUCAGGCUUUCCAAAACUGACAGCCUCCUGUUUAUGCCACAGACCCUUAAGGAUGGCCAGCAGUAGGAUGGCACAUGGAGUAGAAAGAUAAUGUAAAAAUAGUUUCCUCGCUUCCCAGCUCCUCUUGCGUGUGCAGCAUCAUGGCUCUGCGGAGAACACUGACUCACCUGUUAUUUAACACCCUGGGUUUUAAUCUCAGGUUUGAUACUGGGGCACUGGGUGAGCUUGGACAGGUCUCUCCCACUACUUUUCCUUUGCUCAGAGUAGUAGAAGCAAAGCGGCUUUUCCUGCAGAGCACUGUGGGAAGCAGUGUUCAGGGCCAGCUGAAAAUUGUUCAUUGCUGUUACUUUUGUGUGCCUGUCACAAGGAAGCCUUUCUGAUGGUUGUAAUUCUUAAUGCAUGAAGAAACGUCAACAGCAAUGCAAGGACUAAGCAAUGAACUUGUGUCCAACAUAAGUAGUUGAAGGGCCACACGUCAAAAAAAUUACCACCUGAGUGGAUUUGUGCUCUGCUGGACUUCCCAAAGGGUCCACAUCAAUUAAUCUAAUUUAUUGAAUUGUUAGCUCAAUAAGCAGGCCUGGGAUUGAUCAAGGAGAAGAACCUUAACAAGGCACCACAUGACUGAGGACCACCGUGCAACAAUUUUCCUGGUGGUGUGCUCACUGUUGGCAGUAACAAAGACUCUCAGAUGCUGGCAAGUACUGCAGCAAACUGAUCUUUGCAGUUGCAGCCCAGCAGCAAACCAGAUGAGGCUGUUUCUACAUGUGAUGAUGGGAUGCACACUCGUACAGCAUCUGCUGCUGAGGGUCACUGCUCCAUUCUAGAAGUCAGGAGGUUAGCCCCCAACCCUGUGUCAAUGAUACUCAAAACUGCAGAGUCCUGAAUAGAAACUGUCAGUGCUUCCCAGGCUCCUGGGGCUUUAGAAGUUGUGCAUACUUGCUGCAGUGGAGCAAACGUUCAGUCCUUUUCCUGAAGAGGAAAGAUAACCUUCUUCUGCUGGAACCAAAGUGAUGCAGUGCAGCAUGCUGCUGGAAGACUCAGUGUAGAAAGAUUCCCGAUAGCUCUCAUUGGGAGAGGUUGUAUGAAUUAACCAAAUGUGGUAGAUCAACGGGUCAUGGAGGGGAAACAAAGCCAGGAGAUUCUUGUAGCUAUUGAUCAGAAGAGAGGGAAGAAGAAAUUGCUUUGGGGAAUGCCACCUGCACGUUUGAGAAGACAGCUUCUCCUACCUUAUAUAAUGGCAUUAGGAAUAAUGCAACAGAAACUUGUGCAGACUUGCAAAUGCUUGGCCCUCUGGGCGGGGUUGUCUAGAUGAGCUUUCUGAAGGUAGGCUGAAACUUGCCCAGCAAACCCCUACAGAGUGCUGCGCUUUAAAAAAGCAAAGAGGUGGCAUUUGACUUCUUUUCCCUUUUAAAGUAUUCUCGUUGCUGUAGACUGCAGUUAAAUUGCUGAGCUCAAAAAGAAAUUUUUUCCCACAAGAUGUAUUUCCCAGCUUUAACACAAAAACUCAGUAAUUCCUCUUUAGAGUCACUGCAGAGGAGAUAAUUUGAAGCAAUAGGAAAAGUCAAAAAGUGAGCUGCAAAAAUGCUGAUUUCGUUUCAUUUUUCAUUCUCUGUUUCCAUGUACACUUGUGAACAGAUUAGAGUAUAUUUUUGAAGUCUCUUCUGGGCUUAGCAAAUGCAAUUUCUCACUGCACUUAUAGUUUUUAAACAUUUUUUUGAGCUUGUAACAUUCUGAGGCAUGCUGAGGCAUGCAGAUUAGUUUACUGAGAGUUUGCCAGGUCCCACUUCUGUUUUAAUUAAUGCCAUUUUACUUUGUUGCUUUACAAAUUCUAGGCAUCCAAGGAACCCCUAUGAAAAAGUGCAUUUUGGAGGCCAAGGCUGGCCUCUGGACUCCCUUGGAAGUAGGAUCAUGUAAUAAACAGUAUUGUAAUUUGUUUGUCUGUCUAUUCCCCCCCUCAGUGGCAUUGUAGAGGGUGGUUGGCAGGUAGUCAGGAGGUAUCAGUGGUGCACCUUCCUUUGUGGUGCAACUGACAUUCUGGCCACUUAGCUUUGCAUGAUACCCAGUAUGCUGCCUUUUUUCUCUGGUGUGUUUGCCUUUAGCAGAGAUCAGUGCUUGACCUCAGUGACUCAGGAGCUCCUGUUGUAAUAUGUAAAGAUACUCUUGUUCAUUUUUAACCCUUCUCUGGGACCCACCAUGGAGUCAGUACCAGCAGAGCAGCCUGCAGCUUUCCAGAGGUGCUCACGGUGAGCAGUUGGCAGACCAUCAUGAGCAUGUGCCAUGCAAGCCAGCCUUCACAUCAGUGGUGCAGGGAGUUGCCAUCCUUCCUUCUCAUCCUUCCUGCUGCAAAGCUUCUGCCUUAGCGUUGAAAUGGGCAGGACGGGACCAACGGCCUCUCAUAUCUGGCCUCUCAAGAUGCCGACCAAGUUCUCAGAGGGACCUAUUUCACUCUGAACCAUUGCUGGUUCCUUGCUCUUCAGGGGCUCUGCCAUUUUCUUUCCUUGGCUGAGGGGGUAGAAACAGGAGAGGACCUCAUUGAGUCUGCACCUGAUAGCAGAGAGGCGAGGAACGACAAAAUUGCCUUCUCCUCUCCUCACUGAGCAAUCAUAGCAGGUGAGAUACUCUCCCAAAGCCAAAACUGUGAUCUCCUCUGUGAGUCACUUGGAUGCAGGGUUCUGGUUGAGUUGUUUUUCAUUUGGCAGUGGCUGCGAAAGACUCUCUGGGCCAGCUGUGUGUUUGUGUGCAUCUCACAGAUAAAUAUCUCAUGGACCAGUGAACAUGACUACGGCUUUUAAAUCCAGUAUUUAUGUUGUGUCUUUAAUUGAUGUGGAGAGAUAAGUCAGCCAGCAGAGUGAUUAAUGCAGUGGAGCUGUGGGGGAAAGCCAUUUAGCUGCGAUGCUGACUCAGUUUUCAUCUGUAGCCAGCCACUUGUAAAUGGUUACCAGAAGCUUUAUAAGGGCUUGUCACGGCUUGUUCUCUGAGUGCUUUCACCCUAAUCCUGCCUGCACCCAGGACGUGGUCUGUCCACAUGUAGGGACUUCCCUGGAGAGACGUUUGUCCUGCUUUUAGGAGGAGUUUGGACUAAGAGAGAUCUCCAGAGACCAGAAUUGUUUGAUGACUUUUCACAGCUCUGGUGCCUUCUGAUAACAAGGCUGAUUGCUUUUCGUGUGCAAAAGAGUGAAUGUUUUUGCCUUUAUCCCGUUGGGAGUGGGGUUUCUUCUUGAUUAGAGCAACCCCUUCACUAGGGAGGUGAUUGUGACUGUGGAGAAAGUCAAAGGUGGCAAGGUUAUCACUAGCUUCUGGAGGCAUUGAAUGACAGUGUUCUUGAAACUGGGGAAGGUUUUACUCUGCAGAUGGCACAGUGGUUACCGUGUCUGCAUUCUCCAUCCCUAAAUUAAUUUUGGCCUUGUUGCAGUUAGUCUGACAGCUCCUCCUCCUUUUCUGUCAAGCUGCUCCUGUCUGUCAUCUUAGCACCUCAGCUGCUUCUGUAUAACAGGUCUCUUUCCUUCCAUGCCUGCAGAAAUCUAGAUGUGACUGUCCCAUCUUGCCUUGAGAAAACCUGCUCUCAAGCAGUGCUACAUUGAAUGGAUAACCCUGUGAAGAGCUUUUUCAUCCUCCUUGUUGGUAUCCUGUAUUUCCAGCCACAAUUAUAGCUGGGAGGUGCAAGACAGAGAUUUAGACUGCUGUGAUCCUCUAGCAUUAGACUGCAGAGAUUCAAAAUCCUCCUUCCCAGACUCAGACCAGACACUGAUGACAUUCCUUAUCUCCUUUCCAAGAACUGUUGGAGGCAGAGGCUACCCACGAUGUGGGGACACCUUGAAAUGCUGUUUUGUGAGGAGCUGGGUUGCUUUCCAAAUCAGUCCAUAUAUUUUACAGCCUUUUAAGGAGCUGUGUAAAAACAAAAUUUAAGAUUUAUGUUUUCAGCUACUGUCCCCCAAGCACAGAGGGAUGAUGUCCAAGUUGUCAGAAGCACUGGCUGCUUUUGCUGAAACAAGGGCAGUGUAUGCACCUUUUCUCAAGCAAUGUUCCAUCUUGUGUAAAUAUUCCAGCUGCUUGUUUAAUCUCUCCCCAGUAUUACUCUCCUCAGGCUCUGGGACAUCACAUCUGCUCUGAGAGGGCAGCUGUAAAGUCCAGUUUUCUCUCUAGAGCACAACCAGAGGUCCCAGUGUGUGUUCCCAGCAUCUGAUAUCUGGGCUGCCUAGAGAGGUGAACCAAAGAGGCUGCCUCAGAAAUUGCUUAAAAGAGAGAUCUCCUGCAUUUCAGUACAUGUAGAAGCAGUAUUACACGCCUGGCCUCUCCUCUCACCAAGAGAUUGCCCAGCAGCAUAGGUGUAGUAGCAUGAGCGGCUUCAGUUGAAGCUUUGCUGUGUAGGACCUGAACAUUUGAUUCAGCAAGAAGAGGCUCUGUCAGCCUCCAGAGAAAUGAUGUCAUCUAAGCUGAGCACCAACGCAGAGGACAGUGAUACCACAGGAAAUCAGAAAGCUAGUGCCACCCUCUGUGGCAGGGCACCUGCUGGAGACUCUGCUCAAGCACUGCCCUCAGUGCCAGGGGUAAUUAAAAAUGCUGACUUCCCUUUCCACCUCCCCUUGCUGCUAGAGAAGUUGUCUCUACCACCUGUUGCUUUUCUACUUUGUGGCUGCAGCACCCUCAUCCAGGGGUGCCACUGUGCUGCUGUUAGAAGGCUGGUUUUAACAAGAACAAGGAGGGCAGGCUCCAGGGAAGUGUGCCCGGAUGCCAUGCUAUUCUGUGUGCUCAGCGCUGCUUGAGAGAAGGUACCUGGCUUGUCUGAUUCGUUAGCUGCAUUGAGGCAAGGGUUUAAUUAUUUCCUAGAGUAUUUCCCUUGGUGAAUGAAUGCAAGCAACAGCUUUCCUAAAGACUGCACCAUUGACUUGACUUUGCUCCCGUGAUCAGAAGGAGCAAAUUUAGGCCAGCCCAAAGCGUUAUCUGUCCUUCCCUUUGAACAAUGAACUAACUCCAUACAAAUUUUAAAUGCUUAAGCAGUGAAGGACUUCCCAUGGCAUCUGCUGUUGUAUCUGUGCCAGGAGUCAGCUGGAGUACAGGCCACAGAUCUGUUUGGACAAAAAAAGAAGUGCAUUGCUUACUAAUGCAGGGAUUGAAAGAGCUACAGACUACAAGGGCAGGAUUUUUCUGACGUAGACCAUUGUAAUUAGUAGCCACUCUAGCAGUGGUCCUGUAUGUAACUCACCUAAAUUAGACCAACCCAGGGCAAUUUGUCUAAGCAGACAGGAUUUCAGCUUUGCUUUGGGCUAAGUGAAUAUCCUUGUGUAACCACAGAGCAGCUAGCCAAGCUGUUGUGGAGACAUGUUUGACGCAAAAUCCUCUUGACUCCCCUGAGCCUCUUGCUAGGAGGGAGAUCAAUGAUACCCAGUCUGUGUUCACUGCACAGGGAAAACUCUAUUGGUGAUGUCAGUCUUUAAUCACUUACAUGCUUAGGAAGACCUCAUGCUCAAUGCUGUCAAAUUCUGAAAGACUGUAGAUGAGGACAGGGCUAUUUAAUUUGCACAUGUUCAUGACAACUCUGUCCUCUCACUUAAGGUUGGGAUUACAGCUUGGCUACAAGAACAUAGCUCUUCAGCGAUUUGAAACCUUUUAAAUCUCUUCUCUCUAAGUGAGGUAAAAUCUGAGGCUUACGUGGUGAAUGUGUUAAGUGAUGCCCGUAGAUGUGUGUAUGUGUUUCAUAGGUAUAGUAUGGCUUCUGUGGCUCAGCACUCCAAAGUCUGCUGUUCUUUUCCGAGGCUUAUUUUGGUCAAAGCACUUCAGUAGCUGCAAAUUUUGUUAGGAUGCUUGUUGUUCUAGUUGUUCUCAAAGUAGGUUAAACAGUCAUCAGAGCUUUCACAGAUUUAGGGUAUCCCUUGAGCUGCCCUGAUCUUUGUUUGUUGUCCACCAGGGGCUGCCUGUUGUUCUGCACAUCAAAAGUGAAGACAUAUAGUUGAGAGUCUGAGCAAGGAUUACUGAGUGGAAUUUUCUGCUAGCUUAACUCUCUCCCUGUUGAUGUCAGCCAGUGCCUGCACCAGAGAAGCAUCUGUGCUGACUUUUGAAAAGUCACGGUCUGGGGAUUGUAAUACACAGCAAACUGACCUCAUGCUGUGAAAAUUCAGUGCGGGGACAUCAUGCCUGAAAGUGUCCAGGCAGGGCAGGUAUCCGUGAUGUCUCCUGUGGGUGUACCAUGCAGCACUAGUGAGGGUUUCUUUCUGCAGCUGUAGAGAUUUCCAGAAAUGUGUUUGGCUCAUCAUCAGGGAAAAGGGCAGCAGGGCUGAAAUAUCUCUCUUGAUCAUCUCAUAUGCCUUCCAAAGGCUUCCCUUAGGACAUUUAAACAACCUUUUAACAAGUUGUUGGUCUAAGUUAAGAGGCGUAAGGGAACCAUUGAGUUUCCCUGUUGUGCUAUCAUCAGGGCAACAUGAGUACUAUCUGCGUUAUACUUGGAAAGGGAGAGCAAAGCCUCAGGGUGGGAUUCUUACCUGGACUCAUACAACUCUUCUCAUGCAGUUACUGUUAAGCACUUGAGCAAUCUCAUUGAAGCCAUGCUUUCUACUUUACUGGACCAUGGCUGUGUCUGGCAGGACUGAGACAUGAGUGGACUGUAGCUCAGAAUGAAAUGAAGAAGGCCAUGCCCAUCACCUUGCUCUGGGUUAGCUAUAAUCCUGUAAUCCUUUCCCAGGUGCUGAGCUUCUCCCUUGGGUUACCUGCCUCCCAUGGUGAUGCAGUGGGAAGAUGACAGUGAGCACUUGCACUCAGAGUCACAAGUUAGGAAGUGUCCUUUGCCCUCCACUUGGGCUUAGGCCAAGAAAGGGAACCGCAUUUUCAGUUAUCUUUGCAUGGUAUCCAUAGUGGAAGAAUUAAUCUUAAUAGUGGUAGUGCAGAAGAGCAUUUUGCACAUGCACGUACACAUGCCCUGUGCAUUCCUUGUGUGCAAACCUAACCUUACAGGGCCUGACAACAGUCCUUGAAAGACCUUUCCUCUGGGUGGCCUCCCUUUUGCCGAGUGUAGGAACCUUCUUUCUGGUAACCUUGAAUUCAGUUUACUCUGAUCACUGAAUCACUGGGGUGUUUUUCAUGCAACGCACUAGAUGUCAUCUUGGUCUCGCUGCUUUGUGGUAACGUCUUGGUUUGCUGUGAAGCAGCAUUGAGGUAAUGACUAAAUCUUUUCCAGCAGCAUGAAACUUGCUGCUCUGACUCUUGGGAUGGUCAUCAUCUCAGGUCUGAGGCUGUCCUACCAUCGGGGCACCCCAUUUCGUCCCUGGGAACGUGCACAGUCAGAAAAGCAUACUUCUCAUUGCUCAGAGUCAGAGCAGACUUAAGUCAAGCCCUGGUUCAUGGGAGAUGUUUCCAUGUGCUGCUGAUGUCCAUAAGGACUCAAACACACUUUCUUACACGGAGAUGCUUUCCCGAAGCAGAGCUGUCACUCUUUUCUACAGGUACCACAGGAUGCCCUCCCUUAUUCUGCUUCAUGUAACUGGUACUAGAAUGAUCAUUUCCUGAUAAAUGAAGGCACUUAAUCAGUCUUCUUCCCCUUGGAAGAAGGACUUUUGGGGAUAUUGUUAUAUCAUUUAAAAUAAUAUUUUGGAAUUUAAGUUUACAUUGCUUUAUUUUUCACUUGAGGUGACUGUAUAUAAAUAAUUUCCUCUAUUUUAUCAUUGCUGAUAAAGUAAGCCUACGGUAUACAGACAAAUAAUUUGCCUUUGAUGUAUUGAAACUGUGAGAUAUAAAGUAGACUUCUCUCUUGUGUCCAUGUUCCUGACUAUAACUCUGUUCCUCUGUGUUUUUAUAAGUUGGAAUAAAUGUUGCUUACGGGCAACAGAGAGCCUGCAAGCUUCCCAACAAUUUUUAUGUAAUUGAAAUCAAGGAACCCUAGUGAAGGAUCUCACAUAUGUAUAAUGAUAUAUGUAUAUGUACAAACUUUAGAAAGAAAUAAACCAAAUGUAUUUCA